GCAGCGGGGCAGGGAGGACCGGCGGUAGCCCCACGAUACGAUCCAAGUGGCGGCAGAAUGUGCGAAGGGCCGUCCAAGCUCUCCGGGCCCAUUCCUCCAGACCCUACGCUCUUCCCAAACUACUACAAGCGGCCCUUCUCAGCUCGAGGGAGGCUCGAGGGGAAUGUGCAGCUGGAUUUUACCUCCGGCCCCCUGGACCCGUAUCCCGCUUUGGSCAGUGCCCGCCAGGCCCAGGCGGCCCCUCGCAUCCGUCCCACUGGAAGGGACAUCCUGGAAAAGGGGCAGAAGGGAACGGUCGGUCUCUUACUGCAGCUCGAAGGGAUCUCCCUGGGCAGGGAGCUGCCGGUGAAGGGGAAAGAGUCCAAGGACCACGAGAAGGAAAACGUGCGGCGAAUAAAGGAGAUUCAGAAGAAAUGCAAGGAGAAGGAGCGAGCCCGUGAGCACAGCCAGCCCAAGCCUGUGAAGGCUCUGUGGAAAUCCCAGAAAUACGACAAUGUGGAGUCGAAGGUGAAGGCCAAACUUCAGGAGGGCUCCCCACCUCCAAUCCCAGAGGCCUUGAAAUUCCUGCGGGCGUAUUCCCGGUGUGGCCCUGGCGUCAAGCCGUGCAGGCCGCUGUCCCCGAGCCCUGCCAGGAUGGGAGCAGGGGCUCCCGAGGGAGGAGAUGCCGAAGCCAGGAUGGAGGGCAGGAGCGUUGACUUCAUCAAGCACAACGCCCUCAACGCCAAGCGGGCCCCGCUGCGGCGCUCCCAGUCCCUGCAAAGCCUGGCCGAGCUGCUGGAGCAGAAGCACCGGGAGCAGGAAGAGUACAACGCCAAGCAGAAGGGCCACGUACCCCAGUACCUCCUGCAGCGGAAGGAGCUGUGGCGCCGGCAGCUGGAGGAGCAGCAGCGAAACCUGCCCGACCCCGACACGCCGCCCGGGCACACCCUCAUGCCCGAGCAGCAGCGCCUCGAGACCCUCGGCAAACUGAAGCAGAGCCAAGAGCAGCUGGUGAAGGACCUCGUGAUGCUGCCCGUGCGCGCGGACACCCUCAGCAUUCAGAAGAGGCGCAUGGAGCUGGAAAGAAAGCUCUCCCAGAUAGAGGAGGCCCUCAAAAUUUUCACCAGGCCCAAGGUCUUCAUCAAACUGGACUCCUGAGCCACUGGGGCCUGGGUGCGUGAAGCUCCUCCAUCGCUGGAGAGCGGCUGGUAGUUGGUUUGAGAGGGAGGAAGGCAGGUCCGGCACGCCGGGCUCGUGCAGGUGCUGGUAYGUGGGCUAAUGCGCAGUCUGCCUCUUGCUCACCUCUGAGCUGGUGCCUCGUCCAGGGGUGGGGAGGGAGAUGAGUGAAGUUACUGCCUCCACGCAGGGUGGAGAACGGUCGUUUCUGUACUGCGUGA